AUGGUUUGGGUUUGUCCUGGCUUGCAAUCUUCAAAAUGUGUUUGUCUGUAUGAGAAGAUAUCUAUACUGAUAUCAUGGAGAAAACCCCUCUCUAGGCUUCUUGUUAUUCUUCUGAUUCUUUCAUGUGUUGUAUUUGCUGCUGCAGUUCCAGCAACAAGAAGCACUAUUAUUGGGAAAAAAAAUCCUUUAGUGCAAGAUCAUCUGGCUAAGGUGGAUCCAGUUAUGGGGUUAAGUUAUAGUGAGGAUGGCAUGAAGGAAGAGAUUGCUGAGAGCAGAAUGCUGUGGGAUAUAGUGGACUACCCUGGAACAAGACCAAAUCCAGCUCAUGAUCCAAAAUCUCCUGGAAAACCUUAACUUAAUCUUGGAAAUCAGGGUUCUUAUUAGAUAUUUAGUUAGAUAGAAGUGUCAUUAUAUGGUUUGGGUUUGUCCUGGCUUGCAAUCUUCAAAAUGUGUUUGUCUGUAUGAGAAGGUUCUGAUGUAAGAUCCAUCCUUGUUAAUUAAGCUGUUGUUUUAGCUCAUAAGAGCUUUGGUAUUCCACAUAUAUAAGUCAAAAGGUAUGUUGUAAGAUAUAUGAAAAGGUCUAGAGUUAAAUCUUGUAACCUUGAUUUCUACUGAAAUGUGAAGAAACUGAUUCUGUUUAGA